AUGAUGCGGAGCAAGCCUUCUUCCUCCAUGCAAAAGAUCUACGAUGAAUCUUAUCUGCAUUGCUCUACCGCAGUCUUCUUCGAGGGUCAGGGAAACGAAGCAGAGGCUGUUCGAUCAUGGAGGUCUGCCCUAGAUGGCAUUACCUACUUCAAAGCCUACAAACUCCCUUUCAACUAUCAACCCAAGUCCGAAACCGAGAAGGCUCUUUACGAUUCCCUCCGACAAUUGGAAGAUCAAUGCAAAGAAAGGGUGGAUCUGUUAGAAGCCCUCAGGAUCAGCCGCCAGGAUGCUGCCAGAGACACUCCAGAAGAAAAGAAGUCCGAAUCAGGACGAAGGCGGUUAGGAAAAGCGAGAGCCGUUCCUGAUCAAACGCCCACACCCACACCGGACAAGUCUUCGUCGUCAUCGUGGCUGGGGGACGAGACCGUCCGGCCGAUGCAGAUGUCAGAACUGCCUACUCCUACUCCCGCACUCCCUCCUCGUCCCUCGAUUCUCACGAGUAGAUCAAGCGAAAGAACGCUGAAGAAGGAGGCGUCAUCUCAAGAUUCUCGCAGUCAGUUGUCGUCUAGCAGGGUGCCAAGUUUACCAGUCCCCGCAACCAAGGUUUCAAGAAGCCCGAGCCCUGAUCAUGCAAGGAAGACAAUGCGAACGACGCUGCGCCCGGAGAAGAAGGGGUUUAGGAAAUAUCGAUCGGCCCCGAACAAGGACAGGCUCCCCGAUACCAUGAGGGCUGCUGGGCUGGCAUGGGAAGCACAGCCCCGUCUCAGCGCUACAGUCAACAAUCGACCAGAAUCUGAUCCUUCAAUAGAGGCCCGACUCAGCGCUACCGCUGCUAGGCGCAGCAUUGACCAAGAUGCAGCAUCGAGGUUCGAGGAUCGUCGAAGGUCUAACCCUACACCAGUAUCGCCUAGCUUUGAUCAAACUUCCCAUACCUAUUCCCGAGAUUACUCAUAUGCAACAUCUUCGAGAUCCUCCAUGCAAAAAUCCUUGGAGAGUCUCCAGUUGGGAGACACUCAGCCGACCACGUCGGUUCCGAAUCUAAUAGACUUAGACCCUGAACCUGAUCACCUUCCUCCUCCUGUACCAGCCCACGCAAUGCUCCCAGGCCCGGGCCUGACCGGGCCGAGGCCGAGGUCUCCUGCUUCCAUUCCAAAAGCACCUGAUAUCGUCUAUCGCAAGGAAUAUCCUGCUCGGCAACAGAGAGUUCCACCGGCUAUCGCAAACAAUGUGCUUGACAAGGCGUACAUGCGAAAUGACAGGCUAUCUCCGUCCAUUAGCCGAAAGCCGGUCGCCAACACAGGUGUGACACUCGAAUUACGAGGCCGAUCUCCUGGUCAUCGGGAGCAACUAUCGGAGAGUGAGGAGGAGGGUCCGAAGACUGCAACCAGCAAGCCAAGACGGCCGCGAACGACACGGGCUGAGAGCGCGAAGACGAUAACUCCUCCGUCAACGGACGCCGAAUCUCUGGAGGACGAAGGCUCGAUGUCUUCAUCGGAAAAGAAGAUGGAACAUGUGCUCAAGAAUCUCCCCAAGGGACUGGACGAGAAUUCGGCGAAACAAAUUCUGAACGAGAUUGUGGUCAAGGGGGAUGAAGUUCAUUGGGAUGAUGUUGCGGGACUCGAGGCGGCGAAAAAGGCACUGAAAGAAGCAGUUGUGUAUCCCUUCUUGCGACCAGACUUGUUUAUGGGACUACGCGAGCCUGCAAGGGGCAUGUUAUUGUUUGGGCCACCCGGAACCGGGAAGACGAUGCUUGCACGGGCAGUGGCGACGGAGAGCAAGAGUACCUUUUUCGCCAUCAGCGCGAGCAGUCUCACCAGCAAAUGGCACGGUGAAUCGGAGAAGCUGGUCCGGGCAUUGUUCGCAAUGGCCAAGGCGUUGGCGCCGAGCAUCAUCUUUGUUGACGAAAUCGACUCUUUGCUCAGUUCGAGAAGCGGGUCGAGCGAGCACGAAGCAUCAAGGCGCAGUAAGACGGAGUUCCUGAUCCAGUGGUCGGAUUUGCAGAGAGCAGCUGCAGGGAAGGAUACAACCGUGGGAGAUGCCAGCCGGGUUCUGGUGCUCGCGGCGACGAAUUGCCCUUGGGAUAUUGAUGAGGCGGCACGACGGCGAUUCGUCCGAAGGCAAUACAUUCCUCUACCAGAAAAGGAGACGAGAGAAACGCAGAUAAGGACACUGCUCGGUCAUCAGAAGCACGAGCUGAGUGGCGAAGACAUUGAACGGCUUGUGGAGCUGACGGAAGGAUAUUCGGGAUCAGACAUUACUGCCCUGGCGAAAGACGCAGCGAUGGGGCCACUGAGGCACCUGGGUGAGGCCUUGCUCUUUACGCCGAUGGACCAGAUCCGAUCAAUCUACAUGGUGGACUUUGAGGCGAGUUUGGAAAGCAUACGACCGAGCGUGAGUAAGAAGGGCCUGGAGGAAUUCGAGGAGUGGGCCCGAGAUUUUGGUGAAAGGGGAGGGUAG